AUGUUGUCCACGUGGUGUAUUCUAUAUCCUGUCAGGGAUGUUGUCCACAUGGUGUAUUCUAUGUCCUGUCAGGGAUGUUGUCCAGGCGGUGUAUUCUAUAUCCUGUCAGAGAUGUUGUCCAGGCGGUGUAUUCUAUGUCCUGUCAGGGAUGUUGUCCAGGCGGUGUAUUCUAUGUCCUUUCAGGGAUGUUGUCCAGGCGGUGUAUUCUAUGUCCUGUCAGGGAUGUUGUCCACGUGGUGUAUUCUAUAUCCUGUCAGGGAUGUUGUCCACAUGGUGUAUUCUAUGUCCUGUCAGGGAUGUUGUCCAGGCGGUGUAUUCUAUAUCCUGUCAGGGAUGUUGUCCAGGCGGUGUAUUCUAUGUCCUGUCAGGGAUGUUGUCCAGGCGGUGUAUUCUAUGUCCUGUCAGGGAUGUUGUCCAGGCGGUGUAUUCUAUAUCCUGUCAGGGAUGUUGUCCAGGCGGUGUAUUCUAUAUCCUGUCAGGGAUGUUGUCCAGGCGGUGUAUUCUAUAUCCUGUCAGGGAUGUUGUCCAGGCGGUGUAUUCUAUAUCCUGUCAGGGAUGUUGUCCACAUGGUGUAUUCUAUAUCCUGUCAGGGAUGUUGUCCAGGCGGUGUAUUCUAUGUCCUGUCAGGGAUGUUGUCCAGGCGGUGUAUUCUAUGUCCUGUCAGGGAUGUUGUCCAGGCGGUGUAUUCUAUGUCCUGUCAGGGAUGUUGUCCAGGCGGUGUAUUCUAUGUCCUGUCAGGGAUGUUGUCCAGGCGGUGUAUUCUAUAUCCUGUCAGGGAUGUUGUCCAGGCGGUGUAUUCUAUGUCCUGUCAGGGAUGUUGUCCAGGCGGUGUAUUCUAUGUCCUGUCAGGGAUGUUGUCCAGGCGGUGUAUUCUAUGUCCUGUCAGGGAUGUUGUCCAGGCGGUGUAUUCUAGAGGAGGGCUGCUCAUCUUUCUUUCUUUUCCUGAAAAGCAAAAGAAAAGCACAUUCUAGUUGCAGUAGACAGUGA